UACUUUGAGCCUGUUAUUCCAAGAGAAGAUGACAAACUUUGUGAAUGAUUUCUACUGAUAGCAGACCGACACUCUGAGAGGGCUUGUGGUUUGAUAACUGAUGGUUGUAUAGAAACUUGGACUUCUAUGGAUUUUCUGCCUGUCCUGAGACUGAUCCUCGAUUGCUAUGGACCAGCAGUACGAUUCAUUCAACAGCCACUCUAACCACUGCGACUCAGGCGAUGCCAUGGCGAACUCAGUCGCCGGCAUGACCAUCAACGACCGUCACCAUGGGGAGCAGAUGGAGAAUGGCAUCAGUCCAAUGAAAGAUGUAGCAGAUGACUGCGCAUCAGGAGGUUAUGGUGAAGAUUGGCAAGACCUGGGGACUCGAGGCUUUUUAGACCAGAGUAUUCCAGAAGAAGGAGAAGAAGAAGAAGAAGAAAAAGAAGAACAUUUUCUGAUGACUAGCUGGAGUGGCCCUUCUAAGCAUCUGCACCGUGGACCGGUCAGCCCUGAUCGCACCAGGAGCCUGUCCCUGGAGAGCGAGCUUCCUGUGUCCUUCUUAAUUCGCAGUUCGGCGCUGGAAGAUCUCACAGCCGUCGGGGAUAAGAUCACAGAAAGUGAGAGUGUCUCUGUUCCUGAAGAAUAUCUUCGAGAACCCUGCAAGGACUCCACUGAGAGAGGUCAUAACGAUGGGGAACAAACCUUGAUGGAUCAACAGAAAGAUACACCAAGUAUGAGCACCUCGCAUUGUCCCAAUGGUGAUUUAUCAGUGGAUCCGAGCUGUGUACACACCGAUGGAGGCGCUACACCUGAUCAGGACUUUGUCAAUGAUGCUCUGCACGCACAAGGUCACAUGCAGUGUCUCAGUUCAGUCUCAGCGACAGACCCUUACUUGGUACCGCAUAAAGAUCACAGUGAUUUAGAUGAAGAUCAUCCUGUAAGUCUAGAGACAGAAGGAAACGAAGCCGUUCCUCCUUUGAUGGACUCGAACGGUUCUCCAGUCACAUCCUACGGCUCACCGGGUAGAAAAUCUCGUGUACCCGUAUCUCAGUUCAAAGCUCAACCCAAGACCGACAAUGACAUUGAGAAGCGGACACUCAAAGCACCUCCUGCCAAAGCUAGACUAUCUUCCCAAAAAAGACCCUCCAACAUUGUGAAAAAUUCCUCUAGUGCUUUACCACCAGGGACAAAGGCUCCAGGAAGCAGGCCUUACGCUGCUGGUACGAAGAUCCCUGCGAUGACUCCACCUCAGUCAGUGAAAGUGGAUCCGAAGAAACAAGUGAAAAAUGGAAAAGAGUCUCCCAAGACACCUGAGGCAAGUGGCCAAAGUAGUCCUGGCACCCCUAAGUCACCGGCUAGCAAGUCUCUAGGUGGGAAAACCCCGCUAGCAAAAGAUAUGAAGAAAGUGGCAGUCAUUCGCUCCACCCCUAAAUCUCCCGGUUCGUUGAAGAACCGUUCUCCGACCCCCCUGGCUGCCGCCGCACCCCUGCCUGACCUGAAGAACGUGCGCUCUAAAGUUGGCUCAACUGAGAACAUGAGACACCAGCCUGGAGGAGGCCGGGUCCAAAUUCUUGAUCAGAAGCUGGACUUUAGUAAUGUUCAGUCUAAGUGUGGCUCCAAAGACAAUAUCAAACAUGUACCCGGAGGUGGCAAAAUCCAGAUUCUCGACCAGAAAGUGGACUUCAGUAAUGUCCAAGCUCGAUGUGGUUCUAAAGACAACAUUAAGCAUACGCCUGGAGGAGGCAAGGUUCAGAUUCUGGAUCAGAAGUUGGACUUAGGUAAUGUGCAGGCUCGCUGUGGCUCCAAAGACAAUAUCAAAUACACACCCGGAGGUGGCAAAAUCCAGAUUGUUCACAAAAAGUUGGACUUUAGCACCGUUCAGGCGAAAUGUGGCUCAAAAGAUAACAUCCGCCACAAACCAGGAGGUGGAAACAUUGAGAUCAGAUCUGAGAAAAUAGAAUUCAAGGCGCAGUCGAAGAUCGGCUCUCUAGACAACAUCGGCCACGUGGCUGGAGGCGGUCAGAAAAGGAUUGAGACACAUAAGCUGAUGUUCCGGGAGCAGGCGAAGGCGCGGACUGACCACGGCGCUGAGAUCAUCUCCCUGGAAGAGUCUCCCCAGCAGCUCAGCACUGUUUCGUCCUCUGGCAGCAUCAACAUGUCUGACCCACCUCAGCUCGCCACCCUUGCGGAUGAGGUGAGCGCGUCGUUGGCCAAGCAGGGCUUGUGAUCUCUCCCCUUGUCCUCAGUCCACAGUCCUACAACCUAUUUGUUACAGUCACUUACAGACAUCGGAAAGUCUCCAUUUCUGUUGCCGACGAGGAUCCCGGAUCGAGGAGCCCCUCGUUAUCACUGUUCGAGAUUUACAACGUCAUUUGUCUCUUUAGCUGUACCUCCUACGUACGAUUAUUAUUUCCUUCUUUUACUUUACCGACAUCAGUCCUGCUUUCUAAACCAUUGGUUUGAAUUGUUUGAUCAGUCCCAGCUUCCCAAAACUGCAAAAAAAUUAUCGGACGGUCUGGUAAGAACGGAAAAUCCAGGUCUAUAUUUUCUCGUCUCGCUUAUAGAAGGUUUUACGUUCAUUCAGAAAAAUGAAAAGCAUGAAGUAAGAAUUAAAAUCGUAACCCAGUGAAACGGGGUGUUGUAGGAACUCCGAGGAAAUACUUUUAUUGUUUGUCCAAACGUUACGUCGUGUCCACGAUACAAAUAUCUCGAAACUAAAUGGGAUUCAUGAGAUAUUUCGAGUGGAUUCGGCGAGCUCCAUGUAAACGAAACGUCGUUUGUCGGCCACUUUUCUUACAGUAUUAUUCUGUGGAUAUGAGAUGUAUUUGGUAUGGGAAAAAAGUGUUGAGCCUGCUGGCAGUCUUAAGUUGUUUUUUUUCUUUUCUUUCUUUAUCGUCAGUACCACAUUGUAGAUGCGUCUCCUAUUUAACCUUUUCACUAUCUGCAGCUUUGCGAUGUAGCUUUGGUGAUAAUAAUUCACUUACAUUUAUAUUCCUGAAUGCUUUUACAUUAAGUCUUUUCACCUUCGCCCAAUGUUAAGAAAUUGAAGUUACUGAUUUUACUAAAAAAAAAAAAAAAAAAAAAAAAUCUGAAUGAUUUCGAAAUGAUUUUUUUUUUUUUUUUUGAAUGGCGUUUAUCAUUACAGUAAUGAACAAGCUGCUGUUGGCUGGUGAUUUAGAACCGUGUGCUUUGGUGAUAAUUCAGUCGUAGGGAAAGAUUUUAAGUUCAAAUGCUUCAUGAAAUUAGACUGCAUACUGUACGACAAGUGUAUCUUUAACCCAGAAGUGUUUUGUAUUCAUUUCGUGCUUUGUUCAUGUUCAUGCCCAAACUCUUGUACUGUGAAAAGUUGGUCAUUGAGCGCGAACGUCAAAACGUUUCUUUCCUCGCUGACCUGUCUGUCACGUUUUGCGCGUUCACGGUCUAGUGUUUUUGUCUACAUUGUCCUUCAAACCCCAGUUGAAAUGCAUGGAAGACACAUUGUCUAUGCUCCUGUUUUAAUCUACGUUUUGUUUUUUUUUUGUUUUAAAAUUAAGCUACAAAAUCAAGCUUCCAACCAAUGACACUGCUCAGAUUGUCCCUUAGUCGCCCAGCCUGCGUUGUCCCAGCACGCGCAUCACGCUUCGAAGUGUCCAUCGACGCUCCUUGCAUGCUUCUGCAUCACCUCCGAGUUUAAACACCGUUCUUUUUACCGUAUAUUCCGUAAUCGGGAUCGUGCUUUUUUUCUGCACCGCAUAGCCGUUAGAAGGGAAUAUACUACCCAAAAAAACAACCCCCACACCACCCCUUUCUUUAUGAUGGAGGAGGAGCUGUAUAGAUAGCGUUAGUUAUAUAAUCCGUGUGUAUUAACGUUUAGGAUUCGUCUAUUUGCCAAGGAAUACCGAGUGCUGAAAAAAAAUGUACAAAAAAAAAAAAAUUAUUAUAUAUAGCAGAGCAGUUCAGCGGUUGUUACUCGCACCACGAUAAUCUGCAUGCUAAGUUAUCUGGUCUUUUCUCUUUGUUGGUUUGUUUUCUAUGGAUCAGCAAUGUGUUUCUGAAUGGUCUUUGAUGGGGUUUGUAUAUUGUAUGUGGUACUGUAUGUGGGCUACUGGAAGUUUUGCCCCCGGGGUGAAAGAAGUUGUGUUUUCCGUGUACAAGAGUGUGUCAAGGGGGAAAGGAACCGCAAUCCUGAAAUGACCUUGUAAAGAUGGAAGGCCACCACUUUGAGCGUAAUGGUGGGUUUGCCAUCCUGCCGUCACUGACACCGUUCACCUAAUUCUGCGCUUGUACAUUUUAGCUUGAGAAAUGUGAUUUUCAAUAUUGUUCUUGUGUGUUUUAAUAAUAACUGAUUCUUGUUAAUGUACAUGUGAAUUUGGAAAUAAAGGAUAUAAAGAAUAA